GGCUUUGAAACCAUAUAAAAGUUCCCAAAUCUCCACGCUGCUCCAUCCACUCGACUUUGCACUUCUCCCUGUUGACUGGUUGGAUAAUCUUGUUUCCUGCAAAGAUGUCUUUGAAUCAGACGCAGUGCAAGCAGGAAAUCAUUCUCCCACCUGGCCUGAGCAAAACGAUUUCAAAGGAAAAUCAAGAGCCAGAGCCCAGCGUUGAGCCUGUCCCAUGCCCUCAGCAGCACCAGUCUGAAGCCCAAGUCACAGAAGUGACUGCAGUCGUAGUGGCGCAGUAUCCAGAAGAAACAGAGCCAUUGCCAGCACCAUCAGUGGAACCAGGCAAGGGAGAAGCACCAGCAGUCGUGAUACCUGAGUGCCCACCCCAGGAGCAGCAGCAGCAGCAGCAAAGCAAGCUACCAGCAACUCUCCCUCCAGUAUCACAGCCUGAGCCUGUUGCAUGCUCCCAAGAGAAGUCAGAAUGCAAAGAGCUGCCAGAGCCAGUACUUGCUGUCUGCCCUGAAGCUGUCCCCCAGCAGAAGCAGGAGUGCAAGGAGAUCCCUGUGCAAGACCCUGUUACCUCUCCUGAACCUGCAAAGUGUCCUCAGGAGAAGCAGGAGCACGAGGAGGUCCCCGUGCCAGUUCCUGUCCAAAACCCUGAGCCUGUACCCUGUCCCCAGGAGAAGCAGGAAUGCAAGGAGGUCCCUGUGCCAGAACCUGUUCAAGAGCCUGAACCUACACCGUGUCCCCAAGAGAAGCAGGAGUGCAAGGAGAUCCCAGUGGUGGUCCCUGUCCAAAACCCUGAGCCUGCACCCUGCCCCCAGGAGAAGCAGGAAUGCAAAGAGGUCCCCGUGCCCACCCCAUGCCCUGCAGAGAAGCAGGAGUGCAAAGAGAUCCCAGUGGUGGUCCCUGUCCAAAACACUGACCCUGUACCAUGUCCCCAGGAGAAGCAGGAGUGCAAGGAGGUCCCUGUGCCAAUCCCUGCACCUGGCCCAGAGCCGGAGCAGAGCUCCCUUCCUGAGAAGCAUCCUCCCCUCGAGCAGCAGCAGGUAAAACAGCCCAGCCCAUGGCCACUGACACAGAAAUAACUUGCAGCUGACAAGGGAAGCCCCAAAGAGAGAAGCAGGAUGCAAGACCUCUUUCCAUAUCUCACACAGGUCAUUUUCCAACACCCUUUUACCCACUGCAGAAUUUCUGUUAAGCACAGCUCCCAGCUCCCCCCACUAACGCUCACGUUGUCCCCACUAACAGCUAUAUGCUACCUGACACGUCAGGGCUGCCAUAGAUAGGAAGCUCCCAGUGGUGGUGCAGGCAUGAGCACUUGGCUUUCCAGCAACCUGAAUCUCUGCCGUCUCCCAAUCAUUCAAUCAUCUGGAGAGAAAAUGAAGAGCAUGAUGGUGGGCUGUAGUCAGGGCUCAUCACACCAAUUAUUCCACCUUCACCCGAUGAGUCAAUGCAUCCUGCAGACCUGCACGCUGCCUCCUGGUUCCCAUGCAACCCUCCCCAGCUCCCUGCACACUAGCACAAUCUCCCACCUCACAUUUAGGGCUUUGCCUAUCACUAAUAGGAUCUGAGGUUUCCACUAAAGCUGCAGCUAAGUGGUUCUGGUUGGUGGCACCAAGGCUUUCUGGACCAUGAAUCCACAGUGCUGAAUAUUUUAUGCAAUAAAAAACCCACUGAGCUAGAGGAAAGGGAUAGAUCUUUACAAAAGAGCCAUCACCUCUUAAUUAUCUGCUUUGCUAAACUAAUUGUCAUCAGCAUUUUCCUGAGAGAGCUCACCUCAGAUUUUCUAGGAUGUGUCAGGAGCAGCUCAAGCUGAGAGUAUUCAUGGAAAAGAUAUAGGUAAUUAAAUGCAACCCAGACGUGUUUUGAAAUAGAUUAACCCCCGGCACAGCUUCCAGCUGUCAGACAGGAUGAAGGAGGCAGCAUGCACGGUCUAAGUUAUACCCUGCAACAUGUUUCACCACACACUGCUCUUGCAUAUGUGUUUGGUGCUUCACCCUAAUUGUUUUAGGCUGAUGUUGUAUCCAGGAUUUAUUUCACUGUGAAAAUGGACAAUAAAAAUGACUUUAA